AUGAAUGGUCAUGAACAAUACAUCAAUACAUCAGAUUACGUAAUUAAUCCGAAUCCCUGUAUAAAUCAACAUGAUACUUAUGCACAUCAACGAUAUGCUUAUUCUUAUCAUCAAUCUACACAACCAUAUCAAGAUUAUACCAUAGAAAAUACGGAAGAACAUGUAUUUCCACUGAAUGAGACACAUUCAAUUAUUUCAGAUCAGAUUCAUGGUCUUCAUCAGCAUCAUAAUCAUCAUCAUAAUCAGCAUCAUCCUCAUCCUCAUCAACAUCAUGACACAACUUCAUAUUUAGAUGAAAUCAAUACUGGUGAAGCAUCUUCCAAUCAAAAUGUUAUGGCACCCAGUGCGGUCACUGUAACCACACCACCAACCACAACAACCACAUUAUCAACAACUCCAUUCAAUGAUCAACAACAUCAUUCUCAUUAUUAUUAUCAAUAUUAUUAUUUACAAGGUCAACCAUAUCAUUCAAGUCAAGAAACGCUAGAUUUGUUGACAUUACAACAGAAUUGUAUCAAUUAUGAUUUGAAUGCGUCAUGUCUGAUGUUACAACACCAACAACAUCAACAGCAGGAACUGGAACAACAACGACAAGUACACGUCACUGAUGAUGUGACUAACAUAAUGGAGGCAAGCACUGUAAUGACUACUUCCAUGAGUAAUAUUACAACGACCAGUACUACUACAAAUAGUAAUAAUCUUUUGGAUAAAGUCAUCAGUCAUAUGAAUAUUGGAAAUUCAGUUGGUGAUAAUCGUCAUCAUCAUCAUCAUCAUCACAAUAAUUGCAUGAAAUCUCAGCCGAAAUUAUCUACUUCCACUAAUAAUAAUAACAAUAAUACUAAAGAUGACGAAGGUUACGAGGAUGUUGUAGGUGAAGGUGAUGGAAAACGUCAACAUCAAAUUUUACUGAAAUCUGAUAUGUUAUGCUUGAUAUGUGAAGAUAAAGCAACAGGUAAACAUUAUGGUGCUUAUUCAUGCGAUGGAUGUAAAGGAUUUUUUCGACGUUCUGUACGUCGUAAACACUCGUAUACAUGUCGACAUAAGAAAAAUUGUUCUGUCACAAAAGAUAAACGUAAUCAAUGCAGAUUUUGUCGUUUUCGUAAAUGUUUUCGUGUUGGUAUGAAAGAAUCUGCUGUACAAAAAGAACGUGAUAAAAUCAGUAAUCGUCAUACAACGUAUGAUUUGAAUUCAUCCAUACAUUCCAUUAUAGAUUUACAAAAAUUAUUACAAGCUGAAGCUAUAGCCAAUUGUGUACGUGCAAUUCAUCAAAAUUAUAUGAAUUCAACAGCACAGAAAUCAUCUAAUUCAUUAACUGAACAAUUCAAUUAUCAAUUGAAUGAAAAUAAUUUAGCUAAUAUUCAUGACAUUUGUGAAUCAAUACAUAAUCAGUUAAUAUUUUUAAUUGAAUGGGCUAAAAAUCUUACAGUGUUUACAUCAUUAACAAUCAAUGAUCAAAUUGCAUUAUUACAAGCGCAUGCUGGUGAAAUGCUUAUUCUAGGCGCUGUCUGGCGUUCAAUCACAUUAGGACCAACAAUUCAUAAAUCACAUGAUGAUUCUGAAGAUAUGGAGAAAUUGAAACAAUUUGAACAGAAAACAACUCAUCCUGCACAUGAUAAUACACUUUUAUGUGAUACAUCAGAACAUAAUACUAGUAAUACUACUACUGUUAGUACUAUUACCACUAGUACUUCUGCGGAUUUGAAUGUUUUGGUUACAGCUGUUACAACCACUAAUGCUACUCUGACUCUUACUACAACUGACCCUUCUCCUAGUUCGCCUGCCUAUCCUCCUUCAUCUAAGACUAGUACUACCACUACUACCAACAAUAAUAUUAGUAAUAUUAACGAUACAGAACGAUCAUUUCAAACUAAUCUAUGCAUCAAUGACACCGUGACAAAUGAUGACAAUACUUAUAUACAAACAUUAAAUGAUGAACCGAAAUUUAUUCUCUUAGGUAAUAAUCGUAUUAUUUCACGUCAAAAUCCACAACCGGAAAUAGCUAAUUUAGCCAAUCAGAUAAUGAAUGAAAUUUAUCAACCAAUACAAAAUUUAUGCUUAGAUGAUAUUGAAAUUGUAUGUUUUCGUGCAAUUAUGUUUUUUGAUCCAAGUUGUGAAUCGCUAUCAGAAAAUGGACGUCUAUUAAUACGUAGUUGUCAAUAUCUUAUCCAAUCAGAAUUAAUGAAUAUAAUGAAUAGUAAAUUAUAUUUACCACAAGGUCGUUUUGGUGCUUUACUAUUGUUGAUACCGGAAUUUCGAUCAAUCACUUAUCAAAUGAUUCAUAAUUUACAAAUUGCACAACAAAUGGGUUGUACAAAAUUUGAUGGUUUAUUAUCGGAAAUUUUAUUGAAUGAUUCAAUAAAUCAAUCAAAUCAUAAGAUUGAACCAAUUCAAUUAAAAUCCACUGUGAAAUAUCAAAAAUCAUUAAACAAAUCCAUAUUUACUGAUGCAGGAAUCACAACAUCAACAAACAACGAUUCCAUAGUACCCGAUUCACAUCCAAUACAACAUGACUAUACUUUGGCGUCAACAACAGUUGCGUCGUCAUCAUCAUCAUCAUCAUCCUGCUUGUUGAUGUCAACCUCAUCUAACAUACAUUUCAACGAUUUCUUAUCAACUUCAAAUGAAAUCGACUAUACUACACCAAAUCAAUCGAAUCAUGCUCAUUAUGAGCAAUCAUCUAGUCGAAGCAAUAAAAUGUAUUCCACAACAGCAAACAACACUACCUCUCCAACUUCUACCACUACUGCUACUACUACUACACUACAAUCAGUUAGUCAUGUUCAUUCACCAAGACACGCAAUAUCACAUGACGUAGAAUCCAUACCAUCAGUACAAACAUGUAAUGCGGUGAAUUAUUAUGAGGGUAAUCAUAAUAAUAAUAACAACGAAACUUACACGUUCAAUAAUCAAUCUGAUAUUGAUACGUUAGCUUUAUAUUAUCAUACGAUUCAACCGAUCAUGAGUACAGUGGGAAAAUUGAAUACAAAUACUGAUAAUAAUACUAAUAAUAGUAAUAAUAAUAACGAUAGGAAUCACAGUGGUCUCCAUUAUAAUGAUAUCAAUCAAUCAAUAUUUACAAUGCAUUUAGCUCAAGAAAAUUUUGAAAAUAUAUCAAAUUCAGAUUGUACAGUUGGAUGUCCGCCAACUUUAGAACCUGGUGUAUACUAUACCGAUAAUCAACUCUAUACAACUUAUUCAUACAAUUUAAACAUGAAUAAGUCAAAAUACAAUCAAAACAUUUACAUAACUACUACUACAACUACUGCCAAUACUACUAGCACUCAUAUUAGUAGUAUUAGUAGUAGUGAUAAUAAUUAUUAUGAGUGUAAUUCACCGGUCUACACAAAUCAUCAUACAAAAACAUACGACACAAAUUGACAAUCCCAAUCAAUUGUUGAUAGCACAAUGAAUUUCAAGUAUGUUCAGCAGUGAUUGAUCGUGAAUGUUAAAAGUUUACGAGUGAAGAACACAAGACAAAGCAGGUUGUCUACCUGCACACACACACAUGUAUAUUUUUACGAUCGUAUUUUGUGUAAAUUUUCAUUGUGACUACUUUGCAUGUACAAUCACAGCUGUAUGUACACAAGAUUGUUCCCCUUUUAUUUUUUCCUGUGUUCAUUGAAUAAAAUUAUGCCUUUUUCUCAUUUGAUUUGAAAAAUAAUGUCGCUCGCUUUUUACUUAAAUAUUUGAUAUCGAAUUUGACGUAAAAAAUGACUUUUUAUUUCAUGCCUUUUGAUAAAGAAAAUAAUGUGAUUUCAUUUCA